CUGAGUGUCUACGCUGUGAUCUGCGGAUCAGCUGGGCGAAGCAAUAACAAGCAGGACAACAACAACAACAGAAGAACGCAAGGAUAAAUAAAGACUGCACACCCACCUUGUCGUGUAGUUUAAAGACAUUUCUUCUAAGAAGAAAGCCUUUUUUAUUAUUAUAAGGAUUUUGAUGUUAAUAUAAUCCUGGUGCAUUAACACUACCUCACAGAAAGGCUCCUGAACCUGGGCUUUAGUCGUGUUUUUUAUUGUUUCUUACACGUUUACAAGGUGCUUGAGCAAAGGCAGGCCUUUGCAGUAAAAGACCAUAAAUUUGCACUUCAAAAUUUAUCAACUCUUCCAAGGUUCCUUCCACCAACAAGUGCUUGAAAAGCAAAAGACGCCAAUAACGCACUGUGCUGAUUCUUCACAACCCGCCACAGAAGACCAUCGGCAUUAGUAACUGUAGAUCCAGUGUCUCUUCCAAGACAAAUUCCAAGGCAGCUUUCCCUCAGGAUACCUACACAAUCUGCCCUUUGACCUCCAAAGCGGCCAUGUUCCAGCGACUUAGCAACCUUCUGUUCGGCGCGGUGGAGGACGUCUCUGCUGAGCUCAAUGGACCCAAGCCCUGUGUGACCGAGGUGGACGAUGAGGGAUGGCUUCUGGUCAGCGUCCCCGGUGAUAGCAACUGUACCCCUUUGGGUGAGGACGGGGCGGAGGUCCCAUCGAUAGCACAAUCUCUUCCACAUAGUGAGUGUCCGAGGGUGGAAUCUGGAUGUGAUGUAGCCACUCCCCUCUCUCGUACAGGUGACGCCGCCCCUUUCUCAUGCAAACGGCGCAGGACUAGAGCAGGCCGCUCUCUGGCGGCGUGUCCUCCCUCGUCUCGUUCCCUUCACUCCCCGCUUUCCCUCGACUCUCCCUCCCCGCUUGGGUCAGGUGGAGCGAAUGUGCCGUCUGACCCCACCCCCUGUGGGUUGGAUGAGAGCUGGUUCAUCACUCCUCCACCCUGUUUCACUGCAGAGGGAGCGCCAGCUGAGACCAGCCCCAUGGAGGACCUGCUCAUCGAGCAUCCUAGCAUGUCCGUCUACGUCUCCUCAUCCAACCUGGAGCAGAGCACAGCUAACAUGGCUGACAGCAUGAGCAGGAUGUCUGAAUCCGCCCCAGCCCCUGUUACCCCUCGGCUGGUGCGAGGAUCGGGGUGUCAGGCAGUUCCUCUUGCCAAAGUGACUCAGGCGAGCCGUGUUCAGAGGGCCAAAGCUCGCAUGGAGCGUCGUCACCUGGGGCGUGGUCAUACACAGCGCCAAAACCGCAUCCGCCAGAAGAUCCCAUGCCACGUGGCUCACACACGCAACUCCUUCCUGCACCAACCAUGCCAGCGUGGCUUCUACCAUUGAUCCAACCUUAUCCCGGCAUCAUCCCACAUCACCUCCCAUAACAUGUCUUCCAUGUCUUUCACCAAAGCCCUCAAUUUAUAUUAGUUUUGUCGUUACUCCAGUCACAAGCAGGAGUAUUUUUAGCUUAAAUUUUUGAGACCCCAUCUGUUAUGGUCAAACCGUUUUGUUUUUCCAACUAGCAUGGCUCUCUUUCAGUAGUCGCAGCAUUUUCUGAUGUCUCAAAAAUCAGCGAGUUGACACCCAGAAGAAAGUGAGAAUGGCUAAUAACAAAAACUAGCAUAGAUUUUGAGUCAAAACGAAAAAAUCGGCAGCAGCAUAGACACUGAGCAUUAAUGUGGAAGAACUCAAACAAGGGUCUGAGUCCAAAUUUUCAUCCUACAUUUGUGUUGGAAGUCCAGUUUUCUUCUUUUUUUUUUUGUAAGAGUGAACGAAAAUACCAUAGAGGCUAAGAUAUAUUGUGAAGUUAAAACAUCACUUCAGAGAGAGAAAAUACACAACGCUAACUUCUUGUUUCUGAGACGGAGAAAAGGGCUUUAACAACGCACAGAAUGGUAAAGUAGGUUGAUGAAAGUGAACGUGAGGAUAAAACAGAUUAGAGUGUGGGAUGUUGGUGGAGAAUUGAAAAGGGUGUAAGUAAGUAUCAUAGCUCACGGUAUUGCCGUAGCAUCGUAAAGGGAAAAUCCAACCUACUAUGGAUUGAGAAUUUAGAUUUUAAUUCUUUUCUUGCAUUUUGUAUAUUAAUUUACGCAACUCAGUAUGUUGCGUUUUCCAUUAAAAUGCUUUGGUGCCUCCUCAAACAUGUUUGGGUCAAUUUAAGGUUAAGAAACCAAAGCCACUAUGACUGACUGACUGACUGAUUAUAUCAACAAGUCGUAAUUAAUGCAGUUUUAAUUUUCCAAAAUACACUGCAACUGUGCUAUAAUGAACUCUUACUACAAACUUUCGCAAAUAACAAACUGAGUCAGAGUCUUCAAAAAAACCAUCACUGAGCCAUGCGUUCCUCUUCUCACCAGAGACGAACAAUAAGUAAUCAAGUCCACAGUCAAGUUAACACUGUUUACGCCAUAAAAGAAAAGCUUAACGAGCUUUGCUUAGGUGUUGAUCAGUAACAAUUGUCAAAAACGGCGAUCACUGACUUAAUCCCUUAAAAGGACUUUAUUUCAUGAGCUAAAAGCAGUUUUACUCGAAUCUUUACUCCGUAAGCAUUGUUGUCAUGGCUACUUGUAAACGUAAGAUACUCUCCAUCUAUCAGAAAAUGCAGGCGAUAGACGGAUGUAAUCGCUGGAAGAGUUUUAUUUAAAAACACACUAGCAAACAAAUCCAAAUCAGCGAUCAAAUAUCAGAGUCAAGAAACUGGUAAUGGUCAAGCGAGGCACAAACAUGAUCUCAAAGGCAGAGACAAAGAGCAAAAUACGAAACAGAAACCAGAAUAUUAACAUGGUGCUACAAAAGGAUUGGUAAUGUGAGACACAAGGUACAGUGCGUAUACUUCGCAAAGUCUGUGUGUUACUGAGAGUCCUUCUAAGCGCACGCUGUGAUUGCUCUCUAAUCUGGAACAGGUGCAUGGCAAUUAGCCUUAAUGGCGAUGCAUGCGUGCACGUGAGCAGCAGUUCAAGGUGCGCCACUGCACUUAGACAUAUCCUGGAGCAUCUAAGGCGUCGUGAGAAAGCAACAAAUUUGUCUAAAGAGUACAGUAUCCUGAAAAUUCAAUUUCAACUUUUAAAGAAAAAGAUCUCUGAGACUUCGUCCAUAACUGCGAUCAACAUGAUGGGCUGGGGGAAAAAAAUGCAGCAAGCAAACGACAGCAAGUCUAUCUUAUUUCCUUUAUUUCAUAAAUAUGUACUGUAAGUGAAUUAAGCAUAAAUAUAAAUUAGACACACAGUCUUGUUUUACGUAAGAGUGAGCAUUUGGCGUGACAAGUGGCUCCAUUUCAGUUUUGUGAACUUUUCAGUAUAACGAACCAUUUGGCCGUCCCCCAAGGAGUUCAUUAUUGCGGAGUUGCGCUGUAAUUCUUGACUAAAGUCGGUUUUUAUCUGAUUUUACUGUCGCAGACAAAAAUCGCACGCAGUAAAAUAAUUUGGUCAGGAGUUGAGAUCAUGUGACUUGCUCAGAUUAUUGAUAGCUGAUUUCAUGCCAUUGUGGCCAAAAAAUGUUACAGCUAGGUAAGAUCAGUCCAUAUUAUGAGUUUGUACUGUAUUUGCUAAUAUGCUAGCUAACUCGAGCUGCCCGCAAUGCAGAAAACUAAGUUUUCCAACAGUAAAAUCCAAGCUAAACGAAUUCUAUAUUUUGAAUAAAGGCACGCUGGCAAAAAUCAGCAUAAUGACCGAUUUUUAUUUAUUUUUUUUUUUUUUGAAAAAGUCAACCAAGAAAAAAAAUAGAUUUCAUAAAUCAGAGUUGAAAGCUACAGGUUUCGAACGAGACAAGAAAAGAUGUACAAGCUUAAACACAUGUGCAGGUUCUUUUCCUGUAUCAAUGGCAAUAAUACAGAUGCUGUUCAAGUGUACACAAGUUUACUUUUUUUACUUUCCAGUUAUGCCUAAUCAGUCGUCUUUUUAUGCUAAGAAUGCAUGUAAUAUUGAAUACUGGGUGCUGAGUUAGCAACUACAGCUUAAGAUCUAAUUACGUUGAAUGUAUAUUCAUUGAGCCCUGCGAUGACCUGGCGACUUGUCCAGGGUGUACCCCGCCUCUCGCCCGUAGUCAGCUGGGACAGGCUCCAGCUCGCCUGCGACCCUGUAGAACAGGAUAAGCAGCUAGAGAUAAUGGAUGGAUGGUAUAUUCAUUGAAUCUCACCCAGUUUCAGGCAUUUUUCCCAUUUAUGUGCAUACGUGCUGGUCACAUACUGAUAGAUGGAUGUCCAGCCGAGAAAGAGGAGUAUAAAGCCAUCAUCAUCAAUAUUUUUCAGAGCCGGUGUGAGGCUGCUGUGGGUUACAGGGUUUGUUGGUUUAUAGAGGGUCCAGGAUAAGGAUGAAAGAAUUGAAUCGCUGCCUAUAGUUGGUACAGAACAAAUAAACACAGCAACUAGGUUGCGCAAAUCCUUGACUUAAAUCUGGCGUCACAAAGGGGAUGCGAAUGAGCUCCAGACUCUGAUUUGAGAGAACAAUCAAUUGUUUUGCAAACCUGUUGCACCUCUAAUACCCCUUUUCCACCAAAUCAGUUCCAGGGCUGGUUCGGGGCCGGUGCUGGUUCACAACUCGUUCAACUUGCGAGCCAGCUGAGAACCAGUUUGCUUUUCCAUAGCUCGCGGUGCUAAGGGAAGCCACAUCAGUUACGUCGCUGUAUACGUCAGUUACGUCGCUACGUUUGCAUAAACCUUGGCGCGAAUAUCGAAGCAAAAACAACACGGAAGAAGCAGCAACAACAACAAUAAUAAUGGAUGACUUCACGUUUGUACAGCUGCUGCUUCUCGUCGCUUAAAAAUGGCGAUCUUUCGCGGUCUUGUUAUUGUUGUUGGUCUUAAGAACUCCCCCCCGCUGACGUAAGCGGUUCUUUCCUCUGGCCCAGCAGAGAAUUGGUGCUAGCCUGGAACCGUUUUUUCUGGCCCCAGAGCCAGUUCUUUGUCGGUGGAAACAGAAAACCCGGUUCCAAACUAAGCACUGGCCCCGAACCAGCCCUGGAACUGCUUUGGUGGAAAAGGGGCAUAAGUGGCGAAGCAGUCCCCUUUCAGAGGCAUGUUCUUGAGCUUCCUCUCCAUGCUCAGUGUCAGACCUGCAUCUAAAACCCCCCCAAAAAAAUCAAUGUGAUCAUAUUUGUAGACACAAAAGAUCUCAAAAGUCGUCCAUCCUCAUAUCAAAUCAGUCGCCAUGGCACUAGAUUGAAUUAUUCAUGUCAUUCUCAGAAAUCUGUCCCAGUCAGCAGUGAUGAACGUUACUGAUACUUCCUGUUUGCUCAAAUAUAGCUGAUUAGAAAGCAAGCAUAUUUUGCCUAAUGUAGCGAGCAAGUUCUUGGAAAUCAUAAGCUUGAGCUUAUCCUGAGCUCAGAGCUAAAACUGGCCAUGCUUUCUUUGGGAAGGAUGAGGAAGAGGGCAGACAGCACUUUGCUCAUGAUGUAGCAUGAACAGCAAUUUGAAAAGAUGUGGUGGCUUCAUGUAUCUCUAAGGAAGCAUGUGUUAGUGUUCACCUUCUUUGGUUAGGCAAGAGCUAGCUAGUGCAUAGGAAUUGGGAAAAUGGCCAAAUUGGAAGGAAACGGGGUUAAGUAAAGCAAUAUUUCCACUACAAGUCCACUUUUAAACUGACGUUGAAUGAUCCCAAGCGAUUCCAGUUCUCCAAGAUGGCUGCCUUCAUAACAUCACAGCUUUCAGCUACGUUACAAUGCAUACUUGAGAUAGACCUUCAUUACUUGUAACAGCAAAUGUCUGACAUCAGAGUUUGCAAGGCAUUCCUGUAAUUUAUUCCAUUAAGGAUGCCGUGAUUUGUCUACUGGUCAGUCCUGGUUCGAUGUUGCAGAAAAUUUAGACAUCACAGCUUUUAAACAUAUUUGUACCACUGGGAUGUUUUCUAACGUGUGUGUGUGUGAGAGAGAUGUGAGCUCUUCAUGUGUGUGUACAUCAGUGCUACCAGGAUGGUUCUCACUAGUUGUGGGAUGUAAACACACACACACACACACACACACGCACGCAUGUCCAUGUGCAGAAUCCUUCCUCCUCCAUCACUGUGUUCCGUUCCUCCAUGAGAUCCUCUGCGUCACACGUAUCGUUGAUGCUGAUUAGAUUAAUGAUGGUGCUGAAGAUGUUUGACUGUAAAGUUCAACUUGGAUGUAUGUUUGCAUUGUCUUACAUUUUAUGAUGAAUUUAGUUUUGUUUGUUUUUAAGCUGUGUGCGAUUUGUUUGUUUUAAACAUCAAUAUGAAUGAGCGGGUGAUGCUGAUGUGCAUGAGUUGGAAAAAUAUUUUAAAUUAUUCACAUUUAUGUACAUAUUAUGCACAGCUAUUUACAGUACAGUGUUUGAGUGAUGCGUGUUUAAUCUGAAUGAUGUCGCCAUUUUUCGAAAAUAUCUUUAAGAAACUAAAGUUCAACACACAGAAUUGAACCUAAUUUUUUUUUUUUUCUCCAAACGAUUUAGACCCCAGAAGGUGUUUGUUUCUUGAUUAUUAUUUUUUGGAAAUAAGGGUGUACCUGAAAAUUUACAUAUGAUUCUUUUACUAUGUACCUGCAUGUAAUGGGCUAUUUAGACAUAACCUGACUGCGGAGAUGAUCUUCUGUAUAACACAAAGGAAAUCUAUUCACAAAAAUUGAUAUUUACAUAUUCAGAGAUUUUUUUUUUUUUCUUCUCCCGUAUAUUUUUUCUUUCUUUCCAAAAGGUUUGUAUGCACAUUUUUAUUCUUCAUGGAUGAAUGUCAGAGGUGGAUGUUUUGGGAUAUUUUGUUUUAAAAACAAAAAAAAACUAGGGCACUUCCUGUCCAGGUAGCAAAUUGGUGUUGGGUGCCAGUCUUGGGUCAAAGUGAUGGGCCAACAUGGCUGCUAGAAGUGAUAGGCUUUUGGUCAACUUGAAAACCAUUUUGCCAAUGUUGGGUCAGUGUUGGCCAUUAUAUUAACCCAAUGUUGGCCCAACAUUGAGCUACUGGGGUUGACAGACUUUCAGCCACUUUUAACUUGACUUUGCCAAUGUUGAUCAAAUGUCAGCCAUGCCACUAGGGGUCAACACUGGGUGCCAACAUUGGCGUAAUAUAACACAAUGUAAUGCUGAGCCACCAGGGCCAACCUCUAGCCACCUUUUGAUCUAUCUAACCAUCACUGGCCCAAACUUGUCAGAGUUGUUUAUAAAAGUGUGCCUUGGCGAACGUUGGAUAACCAUUGGGCCAGCAGUAGACCAGUGUUUACAGGGUUGUUAUGAAAAUUUCACCUUUGCCAACAUUUAGUGCAACAUUGUAUGGGAGGCCCAAAAUAGACACUGGAUAAACAUUAGUUUGCUACCAGAGUGCGUUCCUUUUGAGUGUCUCUUUUUAUCAACGUGGUGCUUCUCGCCUACUGUGCCAGUCCGUACAGAGGUGACGCAACAUCAUACACAUCAAUUAAACCAAACGGGAGUUAACAGCGCCUCUACCUUCGACAAAUCCAUCACUGCUUAUGUUACUUCUGUUUUUAACCCUGCACCACAUCCUGUCUUUCCUGUUGUAUAGGGCUGUUCCCCCCCGUGUGUGUGUAAUGAAAUGUGUGUGGUUAUGGGAGCAGUGUGUUACACCUCAGGGCAGCUUGGGGUUUAUUUGACUGUGUUUGAUGCGAGAACCUAAACAGGGCAGGUAAAUGGGGGGGGGAUUAAUUAACUAAAAUAGAUCUAUAAGUGUGCUUGUAUUUUUCCUUAUGAUUAGAUGCAAAUUUUGUUUUAUUCACCAUUCAUAGUCAUUUUUUUUUGUGAAAAAUGAAGGGGGUGGACCAUCAAACAGCGAGACUGCACACUUCUGUUUGGUUCUUGCGCCCUGAAACUAUGGCAGCUUUUUCAAAUGUAGGGGUUUACCUUUAUGGGGGGGUGUCCUCUCUGAAACCUACAUACACCCCCUUUCAAAAAAAAAACACAAAUAGAAUAUAUUAAAAAAGAAUAACAUAUCUGAUAUCUAUGGUGAUCGUGCCUUUCACUAUUCUGCAUGUUUUCUUUUUUCUCCCCCCUUUUUUUUUUUUGGCGAUUAGCUGAUGUUUCUCUCCUGGUCCGUACGCAGUAGUAGAGACCUAUGCAAAAUACAAGGAUGGGGUUCCAGCAUCCAUUCAGAAAUGCAGGGACCGGGAAAAAAAAAAAUUUACAAAAUAAAAAAACCCUCUCAGGAUGAAA